AUCAUUGGAGCAUGUUGAUGGAGAAUUUCUUACGGUCCAAAGAGUACUGGACCAUUGUUGAAGUAGGAGUGAAUGAACCUGCUGCUGGAGUUGUUUUGUCAAAAGUUGACUAAAAGAAGCUAGAGGAACGAAAAUUGAAGGAUCUCAAGGCAAAGAAUUAUUUAUUCCAAGCCACUGAUCGUGCCAUCUUGGAGACUAUUUUGUAAAAGGAUACAUGCAAGCAAAUUUGGGACUCCAUGAAGAAAAAGUAUCAAAGCACAACGAGGGUGAAAAGACAGCAGCUCCAAGCUCUUCGCAAAGAGUUUGAGAUUCUUAAAAUGAAGCAUGGUGAGUCCGUGGAUGGGUAUUUCUCACGGACCUUGGCUAUAGCAAACAAGAUGCGUAUCCAUGGAGAGAAGAUUGAAGAUGUAGCUUUGGUUGACAAGAUUCUUCGGUCGAUGGAUUCUAAAUUUGCAUAUGUAGUUUAUUCAAUUGAGGAAUCAAAAGAUAUUGAUACAUUAUCAAUUAAUGAAUUACAAAGUUCUUUACUUGUGCAUGAGCAGAGAAUGACGUCAAAUACAGGUCCAACCAAAGAACAAGCUCUGAAAACUUCAACUCAUGGUGAAAACUCUGCAGGGAGAGGAUCAAAUAGAGGACGUGCUCGAGGUCGUGGAAGGUGGCAAGGAAGAGGACGAGGUGGUGGACAUGAUCUACACAAGCAAACAUCCAACAACAACUCGAGACUUGAUAAGUCCAACAUUUAAUGUUAUCGUUGCCAUAAGUUUAAUCAUUACAAGUCUGAAUGCACAACCAACUUCAACCAUGAAAAAGGAGAGAAAUCCAAUUUUAUAGAGGAAAAGGAGCAAGAAACUCUAUUGAUGACGUGCCACCACAACGAGGAGCUUGGAACUAACAUAUGGUAUAUAGACACUGGUUGCAUUA